AUGUUGGCUCUCACCAACGUCACUGGACUCUACCUAUGCCUUGUUUGUGUCGGAGCAUAUCUACUUAAGCAGGUGUUCAACAAGAAGAACCCCCCAUAUCCCCCUGGCCCUCCGGGGUGGCCUCUCAUCGGGAACAUCAUGGACAUGCCCUACACCAGGCCCUGGCUCACCUUCACAGAGUGGGGCAAGAAGUAUGGUGACAUUUCGCAUAUCAAUGUUCUGGGUCAACACAUCAUAGUGCUGAACUCUGUCGAGACUGCGAUGGAAAUGCUGGACAAUAAGGGCGCUAUUUACUCUGACCGUCCUAUUCUUACUGUUGGCGGCGAACUUAUUGGCUGGAAAAAUGUUAUAACUCUCCUCCCUUAUGGCGACCAUCUACGCCGGCACCGCAAAAAAUUCCACGGCGUCACAGGCACCCGCGCUGCUGUGGGCACAUACAGCCAAGUCGAGGAGGUCGAGACUCGCCGAUUCCUCAAGCGUGUGUUCGCGAAACCCAAUCAACUGCACGCACAUGUUCGACACACUGCUGCCGCUGUGAUUCUUCGCAUCUCUCAUGGUUACGAGGUGAAAGAGAAUGACGAUCCCUUCGUUGACCUUGCAGAACGCGUUAUGGGCGAGUGGUCGCGUGCCAGCGCUCCUGGCGCUUUCAUGGCUGAUAUUGUACCAUUCUUGGCCAAGGUCCCUGAAUGGUUCCCUGGUGCUGGCUUCAAGCGUCUGGCCCGCGAAUGGCACGACAACCUUGAAGAAUUCGUUUCUGCACCAUACAAUUUCGUCGUGGAUCAGAUGGCUGCUGGCAUUGCCUCGGAGUCUUUCACCUCGAAUCUAUUGGGAGGCGGUACUUUGUCAGCGGAAGACGAGCACCUCGUGAAAUGGACUGCUGCAGGUCUAUAUGCCGGCGGUUCCGACACUAUUGUUUCUACUAUCAACGCGUUCUUCCUAGCUAUGACGCUAUUCCCUGACGUGCAGAAGAAGGCUCAGGCUGAAAUAGAUGCUGUUAUCGGUCCUGAUCGUCUUCCCUCCUUCGCCGACCAAGACUCUCUCCCCUACAUCGGAGCGCUUAUCAAAGAGGCCCUACGAUGGCAUUCUGUUGCCCCUACCGGUUUUCCUCACUGUGUCUCUAAGGACGAUGUCCAUGACGGGUACUACAUCCCAAAAGGUGCCUUUGUCAUGCCUAAUAUCUGGUUCAUGCUGAAUGACCCGAAGAGAUAUGCUAACCCCUCGCAAUUCAAUCCUGAACGCUUUUUGGCUAAUGAUGGGAAGAAGCCUGAGAAAGAUCCCCGCACGAUCUGCUUCGGCUUUGGAAGACGUCUUUGUCCAGGUAUGCCCGACUCCCAAACUGUAUCCUGGCGUAUUCACCUCGCUGAAGCCUCAGUCUGGUUGUCCGCCACGAUGUCACUGGCCGUGUUCGAUAUCUCGAAGGUCGUUGAGAAUGGUAUUGAGAUCACCCCUGAGGUUGAUCCAUCAUCAGGCACAGUCAGCCACCCUAAACCGUUCAAGUGUUCCAUUAAGCCUCGCUCUUCAAGAGCCGUGGCGCUCAUUGAACAGGAUGCCAACUAUUAA